UUAUAAACGCACCAGAAGGCAGCAUAGCUCCACACUGUGAUAUUGAGAGGUCAUAUAUUUCGAAAAAGAAAGCCAACCAGAAAGCCAGGAUGUCUGAAGAGCUGUCCCUCAACAUAAACAUCAAGGAGCCAAGAUGGGACCAAGGCACAUUUAUGGGGCGCGCCAAGCACUUCUUCAUGGUCACGGACCCCAGGAACGUCCUGCUGUCCUCUGAGACUUUGGAGGAGGCCAGAGGGAUCAUGGAGGACUACAGUGCCGGGGUCGCGAAGCCUGGUCUGACGGAGGAUGCGCUCUGGAGAGCCAAGUACAUCUACGACUCCGCCUUCCACCCCGACACUGGAGAGAAGAUGGUUGUGGUUGGCCGGAUGUCAGCUCAAGUGCCGAUGAACAUGUCCAUCACAGGCUGCAUGCUCACCUUCUACAGGACUACUCCGGCUGUAGUGUUCUGGCAGUGGAUUAACCAGUCCUUCAACGCUGUCGUCAACUACACCAACCGCAGUGGAGAUGCUCCCAUGACCGUGAAUCAACUUGGUGUCGCCUACGUCAGUGCUACUACUGGCGCUGUGGUCACUGCCCUGGGUCUCAAGUCUCUAGCUACGCGUCUCCCGCCGAUCGCCAGCCGGUUUGUCCCCUUUGCUGCCGUUGCUGCUGCGAACUGUAUCAACAUUCCCUUCAUGAGACAGAGGGAGUUGAAGUACGGUAUCCCUGUGAUGGAUGAGAAUGGAAACAGGUUAGGAGAGUCCGCCAAUGCUGCCAAGCAGGCCAUUGUGCAGGUGGUGGUGUCAAGGAUCGGCAUGGCAAUGCCAGCAAUGGCCAUUCCCCCUGUGAUAAUGAAUACUCUGGAGAAGAAAGCGUUCAUGAAGCGGUUCCCACUUCUAAAUGCUCCGGUCCAGGUGGGGCUCGUCGGUUUGUGCCUGGUGUUUGCAACUCCUCUGUGCUGCGCCCUCUUCCCGCAGAAAAGCUCUAUGAGUGUGAGCGGGCUGGAAGCAGACCUGCAGGAGAGGAUACGACAGACAAGUCCAAACACCACCACCGUCUACUUCAACAAGGGCCUGUAGGACCAGCCAACACAUCUACACGCACACCCACACGCACACAAGACAAAGAUACACUCACACACACAUGCUAUGUACACGUCUGUUGUCCUGUGGGCAAAACUGAAUUGAAUUAUGUUUUUCGUCGUCGUUAUUGUUGUGUGUUGCUGCAUUUGUUUUUGUUUUAUUUAACCGCAUGGAGCCGCUCCUAGUGUAACAGGGUUAGGUUGUUAAUUGUUGUUGACAGAAGGAAAAACAAAACACUUUGAGAAGGGAGAGCACUGACUGUUCUCUCUGAAGAGCACUGCCUGUUCGCUCUGUACAUAGGUGGCACUCCUUAGAAAAGAGAAACUGACUCCUGUUUUUGUUUUUUUAUUAUUGUGUUGUGUGUUUUCUGUCUUCCUUUGGUCAAACCUGCCUGUAGGGAGGCGACUCAUGAAUUUGUGUUUCACUCUCAAAUAUUUCAUGUUGCAUUCAGGUUAACAUAAGUUUGAGGUACUUUGGUUAAUUAUUUGUAACUCCAGAUUCAAAUGAAGGCUUGUGCUUUUAAGGCUUCUGAAUUAUUUUGUUUUGCCUAGAGCCCCCCCCCCCCCCUCCUUUCAUUGAGAUUUCCUCUUUACAAUUCCUGGCUAGUCAGCACUGCCAUAUUCUUUUUUGAAAAGUAAUAUUUUAAGCUCUUACACACUGACUAAAGUGUUGAAAUUGCAGCUUCUUGCUCGCUUCAUCUCCCCUGAAGUGUACUUAUGUCCCUUCAUAUUCAUAGGCCAGGUAAUUAGGUGCUAGGUAGAAUGUGGCAAAGAAAAUAUGUAGACAUUAUACUGCAAAAGCUCCCAAAGCAAAGCCAUAGAGCGCAUCAGUGAACACGGAGAGUGCUUUCUAUCAACAUCAUUAUGUACUGUUGAGAUCACGUAAUGAACAAGUGCAGUCGCUAGCUUAAGUGGCAUAUUAAUGAAAUAUUUGAUUGUUGUUGUUGUUGUUGUUGUUGUUAGUGGUGGUGCUUGUUCCGAGGUUGUCAAGUGGAGGAAUAUACUCUGUUGUGUCUAAUUUCAGGUCCAUAAAGUCGGACAUGCAGGGUUCUGAUCAGAGCCAUUGAUGUCCCAUCGUUCCCCUUGAAAGUAGCUCAUGUUGCGAGUCAAAAUACUAAAUGCUUAUUUCUAGGCAGGGCAGUGGGUAAGUCUUUGUUGUGGCUUUGUGAAAGUGGUCAGUUUGAACUUCUCCGAUGAAAUUCAUUCAUAUUGUUACUGAAACACGUGUGGUUAGAUGAUUAGUGAUGAUCAGUGAGGAAAUAUCAGCUGUAUUUAUCUCUGGAUUAUGCAAGAAUAAGUCUAUUUUUUCUUUGAUAUUUAAAUAUAAAUACAUAUAUAUGAUGUACAAUAUAUUAUGGAGCACAUAUGCAUGAUGAUUUUUAGGGGUGUGCCUCUGUUGGUGAAUCACGUAUGCAGCGGAAGAGAGCACAGUUUGCUGCUAAUGAGCGAGCGCACCUCGAGAGCUAAUGAGUGUUCAGAUGAGAGGAUCGGUCCUCCAGUGGACACGGUCGCAGAGUACCAACUAUGAGUCAAUGUUUGUGCAAAGUCAUGUUUUGUGUAUGUUGGUCAAAGAAAACGUAACCCAACACUAAGAUUGUUCAAACUUCCAUUCACCUCCAUCGAGCAUCUGCAGUCACUCGAGUUCGUGUUUCAGGAAUUUGAAGUUGAUUUGUUUAAAGUAAACUGAUUGUGGGCGUUAAGGGACUGUAGCAACUGCCCACGUAUCAACUUCUGUACAGAAAUGCACAAUGAUUGUGUUUUAAAUGUGAUUCUGGAAUUGAAGUUUAAUUCCAAAGUGCUCUACGGAUCAUUUUAGAAACACGUGCGACGCUAACGUCAAAUAUACGACGACUCACUUCUGUGUGAGAACGUGGAUGUCUUUGUAUCAUUUUUGGAACGUUCACCAUUGUCAUUCACAUUUUCAUUUAAACAUGUAACACCCGGACCACAGCUACAGUUUGAGUCCUUUGCCCCGCCCCCCUCUGUGACACAAAGACAUGAUCACAUGCACUGCAGGACAGUGUUUCAGAGUCAGCAUCACUAAUGUAUUCUGAUAUUUGAUAUGUACCCCGGCUGCAUCAUUAGGACCUAGUUAUCGUGUGUGUGUGUGUGUGUGUGUGUGUGUGUGUGUGUGUGUGUGUGUGGGGUGUUUUCCUGCUGUGGAUGAAAUUGCACUAUAUAACCUUUGCUGUGCUGCUGGAGGAGCUGGAUGGAUUUGUGUUGCUGUUUAAAGAAUGAGCUUCUGAAGAUUGUUUAUAUUGAAGAUUGUAUUUGUUCAUGGUGCUGGAUGACAUUGACUGAACUUACUGCUAACUAAUAAUCUGUUCAGUGUGUUUGGCAGUUUUCAUUGCUCAUAAGCAAGAUGCUUUAACUUCUGCUUUUUUUUUUUGUCCUUUGUUUUUCUGCUCUUGGAAUUAUGGCGCACAAGUGUCAAGAACAAAACUGGAGGGUCUGAGUCGGCAUUUAAAUACAUUUGUAAACGUGUAUCUCAGCUUGUGACCGUAACGUGUCGCACCAAUAGAUCUAUCCAAAGAGGAGACGGGUAUGAAUUGGCUUGAGGAGAAGGGUGUAGCUUUUCAUGUUUUUGUUUCAGCUUUAACGUAUGGACCGUUUCUCUCAAAAGCACACCAAAUUUUUCAAAAACGUAGCAAAGCAUCGUCAUUAACACAGUUUACAGAUUGGACGUAUAAACAAAUCCCAACACACAGUUUAGUUUAGUUUAAAGAUCAUAUUUUUGGCAUUGAUUUUUAUUGACAUUCAAUAAACUCUCAUAAUGAACUUCACAUAACACAUUCUGGCGACCUGGUUGAAAACCCACUAAAUUAAGAAUUUAGUUGUGCAUGAAAUUAAGAAAACAUCAAAUCUUGUGCAUAUGGCUGGCACAAAUGAAAAGACAAUCCAUUAUUCGUAACACUCCAUGAAUGUUUUUGUCGUGUACAUACAAUUUACACCUGUAGAUCUGUCCGCGUUGGUGCAGUGUUUUCUCCCUCGAUUUUGUAUUGUGGUUAAAUAUAUUUCCUUGAUGUGGAAUGUAUUUUACUCAGAGCAAUAGAAUAAAAUAUGUUACAUUAAAGUUCAAA